AUGCUAACACCUAAGUUCAGUGUUACUCAGGAUGAGGAAUUUUUACAUAUAAAUAUUGUUAUUUCUAGCGUAAGAUUCAGCGCUUCAAGCGUCGAAAUGGUGAUAGACGAUAAAGUCUUCAUAUUUCACUUGGCGCCUUACUAUCUGAGGCUUCGUUUCGCCCACGGUUUGGUUGAUGACGAGAGAUUCAAAGCAGAGUUUAAAUCGCAGGACGAAACUAUUCAGAUUCAGGUUCCAAAGGAAAAUAGAAACCAGUUUUUUGAAGACUUGGAUCUGCAAACAAAGCUUCUGGCAAGACAUGGCGAUCUUAUUGGAGCCGACAAUUUAAAGUCUGCAGAGACAACACAAAAGGGUCCCUUAAUACAGGAAGUGUCGUCUUCUUCGGUGGAAAACUCGGAUUCGGCGGAUCCAAAAGCACAAAGUGCAGAAAAAGACGUUCAUGAUGGCAGUGAAUUUGACUGGGAAAUUGAACAAACUUCCACAACAGUCUUCGAUGCUGCCAAUCUCUUGAAACCCAAGUACGGGUUUGAUAACAAAUACGAUACAGCCAUAGGCGUAUCCGUCGCCAAUGGGAACGAUAUCAAUGAGCUGGACGAACCGGACAAGUGCAAAAGCGAGGACAGGGUCGCGGAAAGACUCCGCAAGGAAAAUUUGAAGUUCGAUCCAGAAUACUACGUCUCUGAGUAUAUGACGGCGAAGUUUGGUGAUCAAGAGGAUGCAGAGAUCAACGGAAUCAGAACACUUUUAAAAACAACACCACCACUGGCCAAAAAGUUUCUCAAAUGGUAUAAACAGGCCGAGGACAAAGACCAGGUCAUGAACAUCGAGUUUUCGGAGUUCGAACAAAAGCAAAUGCGGGAACAUCUACCGAAAAAAAGCUACUUGGUUGACGAUGUAAAAGGCCAAUAUUUUACAGUUUUGUCAUUACUGUUUGCGUACAAUUUCGAACAAACGGAAAAUGAAGGCGCUCAUAGCACUGAGUCUGGUUGGACAAUUGGUAAACUAGCGCCACAACUAUCCUUUUUGGAUCAGCAGAUUCUUCGGCCUGAGGAUGUGGCACAAGUGUCCAUGAUCAAGGCAAUCAUCAUAACAGGCAUCAGAAGAAGUCUGAGCUAUCCAUUGCAUAGAAAUUAUGACCUCUCAAUGAAGGUUUGGAGCUAUGUAUACUACAUUCUUCGCGGAGGGAAAAGAUUGGUCAUUCAAGCGCUCCUAGAUCUCCAUGAGGUCUUCCGGUUCCAUGACGUCUACUACGUGUACAAUACUAUUCUGAUUAGUGAUUUGUGUGCAUGGUUCAUAAGUGAAGGAAGCGAAAGUAUAGUCAGAAGUUUGGCGAUCACACUCAAAAGCGAGUUAGAUCAAACAAAAAAGGAAGACAUUGAAUUUGAUUGCAUCUGCGGUGUCAAUGAAGAAACAGGCGAACUUCAAUGGGAAAAUCUAACGAUCAAGGAGAUGGAAUAUUUAGCGGAGCAGGAAUAUCUAGAGAAAUCCGAGACCAAUGUCUGA